AUGCCCCAGCUGCCUCCGCUUGGCUUCCUGUCGACUGCCGCCUUUGCCCUACCGAUCUCGAUCACAAUCCCGCCGCUUCUCGCCGAUCUCUGGGAGUCCGUCCUACGGGCAGUCCCAAAGAAGAAGACAUCACACAUGAAGAAACGCCAUCGCCAAAUGGCCGGCAAGGCCUUGAAGGAUGUACAGAGUCUCAACAAGUGUCCCGGAUGUGGCCAGGUCAAGCGGGCCCAUGUGUUGUGUCCUCACUGCGUGAAAGAUAUCAAGCAAUCUUGGAAGUCCGCGCAAGCCGCUUAG